UUUGAGACUCAAACCGAACUCUUUAUAACAGUUAACAUCCCUAUAAUGGAUGAAGGGGUCCCCGCCCUUGUUAUUGAUAGUGGUUCUGGAAUAUGCAAAGCUGGGUUUGCUGGUGAUGAUGCACCCCGUGCGAUUUUCCCAUCUACUGUCGGAUGCUCACGUCGUCAAAGUGUAAUGGGACAAACGGAUACGUACGUAGGGAACGAAGCUCGUGGUAUCUUGAUUUUGAAAUAUCCCAUCGAACACGGUAUCGUUACAAAUUGGGCCGAUAUGGAAAAAAUUUGGCAUCACACAUUCUACAAUAAAAUUUGCGUUUCUCCUGAAGAGCAUCCUGUGCUUUUAACUGAAGCACCACUUAAUCCUAAGUUAAAUCGCGAAAAUAUGACUGAGAUUAUGUCCGAGACUUUCAAUGCACCUGCUUUCUAUGUUGCUAUUCAAGCUGUAUUGUCAUUGUAUGACUCCGGUCGUACCACCGGUAUUGUUCUUGAUUCUGGUGAUGGUGUUACUCACACCGUUCCAAUUUAUGAAGGUUACGCCUUGCCUCACGCUAUUCUACGUCUCGAUUUGGCUGGACGCGAUUUGACCGAUUAUCUCAUGAAAAUUCUUAUGGAACGAGGAUAUUCAUUCUCCACCACCGAAUGCAAAAUUGUACAUGACAUCAAAGAAAAAUUAUGUUAUGUCGCUUUAGACUUUGAAAAAGAAAUACAAACUGCAGCUCAAUCUUCGGCAUUUGAAAAAACAUAUGCACUUCCUGAUGGACGAGUAAUUACUGUCGGAGAUGAACGUUUUCGUGCGCCAGAAGCUUUAUUCCAACCUUCAUUCUUGGGUCUUGAAGCUGCUGGUAUUCAUGAAACUACCUAUAAUUCUAUCAUGAAGUGUGAUGUUGAUCUCCAUAAAGAUCUUUAUCGAAAUAUUGUGCUCUCUGGUAAUCAAACAAAAGAAGUUUCUAGUGAUGAAGAUUCUGAAGAAGGCAAUGAGGAGGAAAACGAGGAGGAAUCACAAAUAAUGAAAAUAAUUGAUGACUUUUCUGAUAGCAGUUCAGAAGAUGAAGAGCAAAGACAGAAAAAAGAAAAUCUUCAAAUAACAGCAAACUCUGAUGAAUCCAAUAACGAAGAAAUUAAUAAAACGGAUAGGGAAACUUUACAAAAAGUAUUUUCUCAAUUCGAAAUUGCAGAUAUAGGUGUAGAUUUUGUAAAUUCCAAAGAUGUUCAGGUUGCCAUGGGAUAA